UUGUAAUAAUAAUUCCGUUAUUGAAUUCCUACAUUUCCUUUGACAUAAGAUCAAAGCAAUAUUUAAAUGUAAUAUGUCAACGGUUUCAUCAGAUACAGAAGCUGAAUACCAGACCUACUCAGAAAGGACAUUAGCUAUUAUAAAACCAGAAGCCUAUGAAAAUGCGGAGGACAUUGAAAACCAUAUUUGUGAUAAUGGAUUCAUGAUAUUAGCUCGGCGCGAAGUCCGUCUCACUCCAGAGCAAGCCGCUGAGCUGUAUAAAGGCCACUAUGGCAGGCACCACUUCCCACAUCUCGUCGCUCACAUGUCCAGUGGCCCGAUCAUCGCUCUCGUACUCGCCGCUAGAAAUUGUAUACAAAAAUGGCGGACAUUGAUGGGACCAGCUAGAGUGGUUGAAGCCCAAGCCUACUGGCCAGACAGUCUACGCGCGUGCUACGGUCGACGCACCAAGUAUGGGGACUAUUUCAAUGCGCUGCACGGUAGUGAGAACCAUGCAGAGGCUUUACGUGAAAUACAUUUUUUCUUUCCUAGCAUGAUAGUUGGACCGCUACUUCGCCGGUGGCAAAUCGGGGAUUACAUUCAAAAGUACUUAUCGUCGACCCUCACGCCCGCACUUACUGCACUCGCGCAAGAGCGACCGGUCGAGCCCUUGCUGUGGCUAGCUGAUUACUUGCAGCAUCAUAACCCUAACGAACCCGAGUGGACUCCGCAACCGAGAGAACAAAGGGAAGAACAAAAAUGUCAUACGCCUUUACACUCGCGCGACUCAGUUUGAUUGGUGAAUAAAUUUGGUCUAAAAUGUUAGAAUAUUAUUACUUUAUCUUAAUUUAACGCAGAAAGUUU